AAGAAUAUAUUCCAAACUAACUCUCACGACAGUAUCCUGGUGGCUCAGAAUCUUUUGUUUACUCUCACAGAUCCUUCCUCUCUCCUAUCAACCACUCGACGUGUCACAGGGAUUGCCUAUUUCGAAACGUCAUCGCCGCCCUCAUCAACGCGUAUUCUUCGCUGCCCAUCUUCAUCCCUAAACAUUCGCGUACUUGCCUACCUGACUACCUACCACUCAACACCAGCAACAUGAAGUUUCUCAGCAUUGUUGCUGCGCUCUUUGCAGCCACAGUGACAGCUCAGCUGAAUAACGCCAUUUCCAUCCCAGAAGGCUCAAGCACUCUGGACGUCACCGCAGGCGAGCCCCUGACCAUUGAAUGGACCAACCCAUCCAGGGGUACCGUCACCAUCAAGCUGCAGCAAGAACCUGUGACACCUGACGGUGGAAUCGUCCUGCUUUCCGGCGUGCCUGCGUCUCUUCUGGGUGCCACCGUGCAAAUCCCCGAUGCUGAGGAUGUCAACUCGUUUCAGUAUACCAUCCAGAUCAUCGACGACACAGACCCUAACAACUACAACUUCUCUCCCAACUUUGGUAUCACAGGUGCCACUGGAACCGCAGUCGCCACAGAUUCCACCGCCUCAGCAACUGGUAGCACAGCCUCAGCAACUGGUAGCACAGCCUCUGCGUCGAGCACUGGAACCAGCUCUGAAGAAACCGCCUCCGAGACCUCGACCGACUCAUCCUCUGCAACGACAACUGGCACGACAACCGGAACCUCUAGCUCCGAGGCCACCACUACGUCUAGAACAACGACUUCCACCUCUUCUGCCACUACCGCUGCCGCUACCACAUCUGCUCCCGAUGGCAACGGUGCCGACAGCGUCAAGGUUCAGGGAGGCUUCCUCGCCUUAGCCGUUGGCGCUCUCAUUGCCGUUGCAUAAGAUCCCACUCUGACAAGACUUGCAUAGUACUGGAAGAGCCAUCGAAACUUUGUUCUAAAGCUAGCUGACCAGGCUUACCUCGAAGCUUGCCACAGAAAGAGGUUGCGUGUAUACAUACCAAAUUGUCAUUUCCUUGCAUUUGGCCUAGGUAGGGGUGGGACGUGGGACUUUUACUCUUGAGACCGGCCAAGAUGUGUGUGUUUGUGUAUAAAUCAGCUUCCCGUUCUUUCGACCAUGUCUUACUUUGACACUUUUUUGCAUCACCAGGCAGCAAAAUCGAUCCACGCCGUCAUGUCACAAAAAAGGUCACUAGGUGCGUGGCCAUUUCACAAUUUGCGUUCUGCCACCGGAAUCAGAGCAGGGAAAAAGGUUCUAGAGGCGAAACUCGAUGGAGGGUGAACAGGUCUUGAUUCCUCUGCAUGGCGCUGGUAUGAACAGUGAUAUCGAGACUAGGGAGAUAGUUAUUCAAUCUAUAAACCUAUUACUAAAACA